UGGGCCAACACAAAAAAGAAUUGGCCAAAAAUUCCCGAAUCUGUUGGGACCCACCCAGCUUGAGCUCAUCACAUGCACGGCCGUCCAUGGAGUUUCUCGAUAAAAUUCCAGUAUUUACUUGGAAACUUCGUUAAACCUUCUCCAAAUACGUUAACCAUUAAUUAAUAUUUCUACCUUUUACACCGUCAAUCUUUCAUUCCUCCUUCUCCCUCAGUUUCAACUAUAUUGUUAUUGUUAGUUGCUAAUCUCAUCUAUACGACAUCAAUUUUGAAACCCUAAUUCUCAUUCCUCGCAAAUUGCAAUUACAUUCCAAAUCAGCAGCAUGAGGAGGGUGUUCGGAGUGAAGAAGGAUAAGGAACCGCCCCCAUCCGUUCAAGAUGCCUCUGAUCGGAUAAAUAAAAGAGGUGAAAGUGUUGAUGAAAAGAUACAAAAACUCGAUGCUGAAUUAGCGAGAUAUAAGGAGCAGAUUAAGAAGACGCGGCCAGGUCCAGCACAAGAAGCUGUCAAGGCUAGAGCAAUGAGGGUUCUUAAGCAAAAGAAAAUGUAUGAAGGUCAGCGUGAUAUGCUAUACAAUCAGACAUUCAAUCUCGAUCAAGUUUCAUUUGCUGCUGAAGGAAUCAAAGAUGCUCAACAAACAAUGUCAGCUUUGAAGUCAGCUAACAAAGAGCUUAAGGGAAUGAUGAAGACUGUGAAAAUUCAAGACAUAGAUAACUUACAAGAUGAGAUGAUGGAUCUUAUGGAUGUGAGCAAUGAAAUCCAAGAGUCUCUUGGUAGAAGCUAUAAUGUUCCAGAUGAUAUUGAUGAGGACGAUCUGAUGGGUGAGCUUGAUGCGCUGGAAGCAGACAUGGGAUUUGAAACUGAGGGUGAUGGAGUACCAUCUUAUCUUCAACCUGAUAAGGAAUCUGAUCUAGAUUCGGAACUAAACUUGCCAUCAGCACCAAGUGGGCAUGCUCCAAAUCCAGCAAGCAGAGCAAAUAUGCAGGGUGAGGAUGAACUAGGUUUACCAACGGUCCCUCGGGCUACUCUCCGAGGUUAGAAGGGAAUAAGAGCGCAAUUCAUGGACCUUGUAAACGAAUGAUUUCUUGUGGCAAAGGUUUGUUGUAAACUAUACACACAUGACAGUCUGUGAUUUUUUUGAGUAUCUCCGACCCGGGUAAAAAAGUAAUCGAAUGUCGGAUUAAUGUGAUGUUGAUAGUCAUGUGAUUCUUUAUCCUCCCUUUGGUGCUUAAACCCAAAGCCAGAGGUGGAUUUGUAUAGAUUCUCUUAUUGGUCUCUGGUUAGCUUGUUCUGGGCUUAGUUGAACUAUGUCUGAAUUGUUCAGAUUCUCGACUGCAUCGAUUUUUCGUGCAAUCUAUAGUGCAUGAAAGAUAGAUCAUGGUUUGGAGGAUUAGCUGUGAAUGGUUAGGUUCAAAUUCUUUUCAAUAA